AUGAGCAUAUUCUCGGAUCUCCUUGAGAAUUGCAUCGAAGUCUUCAUGGACGAUUUCACAGUGUAUGGGCAAACCUUCGACUCAUGCCUAGCCAAUCUGGAGAAUGUGCUAAAAAGGUGCGUUGACAAGAGCUUGGUGUUGAACUACGAGAAAUGCCACUUUAUGGUCAAAGAAGGGAUUGUGCUCGGACAUUUACGAGGAUUCCUUGGGCAUGCUGGAUUCUACAGGAGGUUUGUGAAGGACUUUGCAAAGAUUGCCCAACCUAUGACAAGGUUGCUACAAAACGAAGUGGAGUGGAAUUUUGAUGAGGAUUGUAAGGAGGCUUUCCAAAUCUUGAAGAACAAUCUGAUCUCCGCACCCAUAAUACAACCCCCUGACUGGGGUAUGCCCUUUGAGGUGAUGUGCGACGCCAGUGGAUAUGCCAUAGGGGCAGUUCUUGGGCAAAAGCGGGGAAAGGAAAGUCAUGUCAUCUAUUAUGCCUCGAAGACAUUGAAUGGAGCCCAAAUCAAUUAUUCCACGACUGAGAAGGAGAUGUUGGCAGUGGUGUUCGCUUUUGAAAAAUUCAGGUCUUACCUGCCUGGAGGAAAGACCACAGUCUACACCGAUCAUGCGGCUCUGAAGUACCUUCUGGCCAAAAAGGAGUCUAAGCCCAGGCUGAUCCGAUGGGUCCUACUUCUACAAGAAUUCGACGUGGAAAUAAAGGACAAAGCUGGAGCACAAAACCAAGUGGCCGAUCAUCUAAGCAGGAUCGUAAGGAAGGAAGAAGGGGAACCAAUCAAGGAAAUGUUCCCGGAUGAACAACUGUUCUAUGCCCAAGGAAGAAAGGAAGAUCCAUGGUACGCAGAUUUGUGCAAUUACCUAUGUUUUGGAUAUGACAACUACACCAUCUGCAAGAAUUGCCCGCAAUGCCAGCUAGAAGGAAACAUCACCAGGAGGAAUGAAAUGCCCAUGAUACCCAUUAUGCCCGUGGAGAUAUUUGACAUUUGGGGAAUGGACUUCAUGGGACCCCUUCCCAGCUCAAGAGGAAACUUGUACAUCCUACUUUUGGUGGAUUAUGUCUCCAAAGCAAUCAUCAGCGACCAAGGAUCCCACUUCUGCAAUUUCUCGGUCGAAAACUUGUUCAAAAAGUAUGGAGUCCAACAUCGGGUCUCGACAGCCUACCACCCACAAGCCAAUGGACAGGCUGAACUUUCAAAUCGCAUUAUCAAAACGAUUUUGCGAAAGACCGUUGGCCCCACAGGGAAGGACUGGAGUCUUAAGCUGGAAGAUGCCUUAUGGGCAUAUCGGACUGCAUACAAAACUCCAUUCGGGAUGUCACCAUAUCGAAUGGUGUAUGGCAAGAGGUGUCAUUUACCGGUGGAAUUGGAGCACAAGGCUUUCCGGGCAGUGAAUAAAGUGAACUAUGAUUGGGACAAGGCAGGGCAAGCAAGGAAGCUAGAGAUCCAAGAGCUCGAAGAAAUCAGGAGAGAGGCAUACGACAAUGCUGUUCUCUACAAGGAAAGAAUGAAAAAGAGCCACGAUGCUUUGAUCACAAACAAGCAAUUCAUCUUUGGGCAAGAGGUUCUCCUGUACCAAACACGGUUCAAAUUUGCACAAGGCAAGCUGAGUACCAAGUGGACCGGCCCAUUUGUGGUGAAGACCCAAUUCCCAAAUGGAGCUGUUGAGAUCGGAAAUCUAAAAUCUGGGAAAGUGUUCAAGGUGAAUGGACAAAGGCUGAAAGCCUAUUAUGGGCAUAAGCCCGACGCUGGGGAAGAACUGGAUCUCGACCCAGCCACAAACACCUUGGAUUAA